AUGAGUUUUAGUCCUAAAACUCUUGCUCACGUUCACAAAGUCCCUCUCUGUCGUAAGAAGACCGAGCAAUUUCUUUGUCCUCGCCGUUUGCUUCAAAACAAAACUCUUUCUCGAAAACCAACAAAACAAGUUUCGUUUUGUGCAAUGGCUACUAGUGGCGAUCUUGAGAGUACUCGUCCCUUGGCUCCGUUUACUCCCACUAUUCUAGGAGAUCACUUCUUCUUGAUCCCCGUUGAUGGUUCUGAAUUCGAUGCAAUUAAGCAUGAGAUUGAAUCGGAUAUGAAGCCGCACGUGAGAGACAUGCUCAUGUUACCUCACACAUGUGAGAGGGAGAAGAUUCACCUCAUUCACUUGCUUAUCAGUCUUGCAAUCUCCCAUUACUUCGAAGAAGAAAUCGAAGAGAUUCUAAACAAGGCUUUUGGGAAGCUGGAAGGCCUAAUUGCCGAGGAAGAUAACCUGGAAACAAUCUCGACUAUGUUUGAAGUUUUCAGAUUGUACGGUCACAAAAUGUCUUGUGAUGUGUUCGAAAGAUUCAAAGGCAAACAUGAUGGAGAGUUCAACGAGGAUCUAGUUGAAGAUGUUAGAGGGAUGUUGAAGUUGUACCAAGCGUCGUAUCUCAAAAAAAAAGAUGAGGAUAUAAUGGAGGAAGCGAGGACUUUCACUAGGAAUCACUUGUCAGUGACGAAUACUGAUCAACCACAUCUCUCCAAGCAUAUACAAAACGCAUUGUACAUACCUCGAUAUCAUUGCGUAGAAAUAGCGGUUGCUAGAGAAUAUAUCUCAUUUUACGAACAAGAAGAAGAUCACGAGGAGAAGCUGCUCAAGUUUGCGAAACUAAACUUCAGCUAUUGCCAGCUGCAUUUCGACAAAGAGCUCAAAGCUGUCACUAAAUGGUGGAAGGAGCAAGAUCUUGCGUCUAAACUGCCUUUUACCUUUCGUGAUAGAAAUGUGGAGUGCUAUUUCGGCAUGAUGGGAAUAUCUUUCGAGCCACGAUAUUCCCUUGCAAGAAUUAUCGGCACUAAAAUUUCUAUGAUCAUGACGCUUGUUGAUGACACAUAUGACGCCUAUGCCACUCUUCCCGAAGUUAUAAGUUUCACUGAUGCUUUGCAAAGGUGGGAUAUUGGAGCCAUUGACGAUCUACCAAGUUAUAUGCGAAUUCUUUUCCGAAAUUUGUGGGAUAUUAUAAAAGACAUCAAACAAGAAAUGGGUUCGCUAGGAAGACAUGGCGGUGUGGCACCGACAAUAGAUGAGAUAAAGAGCCUGGCGAAGAAAGGGUAUCUAGAGAUAGCAAAAUGGGCACGAGCAAGUCACGUGCCAAGUUUUGAGGAGUACAUGGAGGUUGGAAUCGUCACAGGCGCAAUGGAUGACAUGGCACUCUACAGCUUCCUAGGGAUGGAAGAUUGCGAUGAGAAGAUAAUGUACGGGUGGUUAGCAUCCAGAACCAAAGUCAUCCUAGCUUUAAAUGUCGUGUUUCGUCUGAUGAACGACAUAACCACGUUCGAGGAAGAAUUGGAGAGAGGAGAGGUGGCCAAUGGAGUCAACUGUUACAUGAAGCAACAUGGUGUUAGUCAAGAAGAAGCGGUUAGAGAAUUGAAGAUGAUGAUUAAGGAUCACCAUGAGAUCAUGAUGGAUGAGUUCUUUAGUGCCUCAUCUACUGUGCCACGCCAGGUUCUAGUGCGAGUCUUCAAUAUUGCACGUGUGGUCGUUUUGUUUUACAAGGAUGGUGAUGGAUUUGGUCAUCCAGAUGAAACUCUCAAAGCCCACUUUACUUCUUUGUUUUCAUAA